UGACGCCAAGCGCCAGAGUGGAGGGUAGCCGUCAAAAGCCCAGUCCUGGGCUGAGAGGCAUCCGCAGAGGCGGAGGUCCUGCCGGCUGGCCCCAGGAUGGACUCGCGGGUGUCCGAGCUGUUUGGGGGUUGCUGCCGGCCCGUGGGGGGCGGCAAUGGGGGUGCCCUGCGAGGCCGCGGCGGAGGCGGAGGCGGUGGUUCUUCCAAGGGGAGGAAGAAGAACGGGAGAUACCGAGGUGGCAAGGCCAACAACCCGCCCUACCUUCCUCCGGAGGCAGAAGAUGGGAACAUAGAAUACAAGCUGAAGUUAGUUAAUCCAUCUCAGUACCGCUUUGAACAUCUAGUAACGCAAAUGAAGUGGCGACUACAAGAAGGCCGUGGUGAGGCUGUGUACCAGAUUGGUGUAGAGGACAACGGGCUGCUUGUUGGACUGUCUGAAGAAGAAAUGCACGCCUCUCUUAAAACACUACGGCGGAUGGCCGAGAAAGUGGGAGCUGACAUCACUGUUCUUCGAGAAAGAGAAGUGGAUUAUGACAGUGACAUUCCUAGGAAGAUAACAGAAGUUCUUGUCCGAAAGGUCCCAGAUAACCAACAGUUUCUAGAUCUGCGGGUGGCUGUGCUUGGAAAUGUGGAUUCAGGCAAAUCAACCUUAUUAGGCGUCUUGACGCAAGGAGAACUGGAUAAUGGGCGAGGCCGAGCUCGACUCAAUCUUUUCCGGCACUUGCAUGAAAUCCAGUCAGGAAGAACAUCUAGCAUUAGCUUUGAAAUUCUUGGUUUCAACAGUAAGGGAGAGGUGGUGAACUAUAGUGAUUCACGGACAGCUGAAGAAAUCUGUGAGAGCUCUUCCAAAAUGAUUACCUUCAUUGAUUUAGCUGGCCAUCACAAAUAUUUAAAAACCACCAUUUUUGGGCUUACAAGCUAUUGUCCAGAUUUUGCAAUGCUGGUGGUGAGUGCCAAUACUGGAAUUGCUGGUACAACACGGGAGCAUCUCGGCUUGGCGAUGGCCCUUAAAGUGCCUUUCUUCAUUGUCAUUAGCAAAGUGGACUUGUGCUCAAAAGCCACUGUGGAGCGAACAGUGAAACAGCUGGAGCGGAUUCUGAAGCAACCUGGCUGCAACAAACUUCCAUUGCUCGUAACAUCUGAUGAUGAUGCAGUUACAGCAGCGCAGCAAUUUGCACAGUCCCCCAAUAUCACUCCCAUCUUCACCUUGUCCAGUGUUUCUGGAGAGAACCUGGAUCUCCUGAGAGUAUUUCUCAAUAUCCUUCCUCCUCUGACAAACAGCAAAGAACAGGAAGAGCUGAUGCAACAGCUCACUGAAUUCCAGGUGGAUGAAAUUUACACUGUGCCAGAGGUAGGCACAGUUGUUGGAGGAACAUUGUCAAGUGGGAUAUGCAAAGAGGGAGAGAAUUUGGUUGUUGGUCCAACAGAUGAUGGCAAGUUCCUUCAGCUGAAAGUAUGCAGUAUCCAACGAAAUCGUUCAGCGUGUCGCGUUCUUCGAGCUGGGCAGGCUGCCACCCUAGCUCUUGGGCUCUUUGAUCGCUCACUGCUGCGCAAAGGCAUGGUGAUGGUCAGCCCAGAGAUGAACCCAACUAUUUGUUCAGUAUUUGAAGCUGAAAUUGUUCUACUGUUCCAUGCCACAACUUUCCGGAAAGGAUUCCAAGUAACAGCACAUGUUGGAAAUGUACGACAAACAGCAGUUGUGGAAAAAAUCCAUGGGAAAGACAAAUUGCGAACAGGAGAAAAGGCAGUGGUUCGUUUCAGAUUCAUUAAACAUCCUGAAUAUUUGAAGAUAGGAGCCAAAUUAUUGUUUCGUGAAGGAGUUACCAAAGGUAUUGGACAUGUCACAUCCAUCCAGGCUAUCACCACUGGAGAAAAUGGCCUGCAACACAAUCUGUGUCCUGAUCCGGUCAGCUUCUGACUCACACCAGCAUUUCUCAGUGCUCCGAAUAAGGGAAAGAUUUCAUGCCAUUGUGCAGAGCCAUUGUUGGCCAAUCAAUUUACAUAGGCACAUCUUGUCUGCACUGCAGAAGCCAGAGUUACCUGUUGGACUGAGUGCCCUUCCUGGAGCAAGUUAAGCUUGUUGUUUGUGCAUCACCUGCUUACUUCCAUAUUCCUGCUUUUCCUGGAAUAGACAAGCAAACAGCUGCAUCUUUGACUAAGUUGGACAUCCUGCUUUUGUUGACCAUUGUGGGGGAAGUUAUUUCCAGAGAAGGGCAUAUCCAUAGUGAGUUGGACUGUAAUUUUGGGGUGCUGCUGCCUGGGAGCAACAAUGGUGGACUCGUUUGUGUUCAGAAGGGUAUUAGUGGUGUCCUAGUGCCUGGUUUUGCAGGCUUUCUAUGGCAGAUGAAUUAUUAUUAUUAGGAACUAGAGCUUAACGUUCUGUACUGCCUACAGUACGGCUCAAGAUGUUUCUAAUCAUUUUAAAUUAUUGUUGGUUUCACAUUAAGCCAGUAAUGAAGAGUCUUUCUUCUCCCUCCACCUUUGUGGGUAAAUCCCUACCAGCUUAAAAAAAGAGAGGGGGGAAUACAGGAGGAAGAAAUCCCUCUAAUGCAGGGGUAGGUAACAAUUUCAUGACUGGAGCCAUGAAGUGUUUUUUUUUUUUAACGGGCACUCCUAUAACUGCAGAAUCCAUAGUUGGUGAUGCAAUGACAUUGCCAGGGUAGAUGGGUUGAAAUGUUCUGCCUAAACUGGAGAGGAGGGUGGAAGCUUUUAUGUAAAUGGAUACAUAUAAUUUCUCUGAGGCCUUAUGCAGCUAUACUCAUCACAAAAUCUUUUAAAAAAAACAUGCCACUGAAAAUCAGUGGUUCUACCAAAUUUCACCAGCAUGAGCUAGGGAUGCAAUGGAAAGCUACUUGUGGGACACAGGCCGCCCAUCCUCUGCUCUAAAAUAGCCCUCAUCUGAUAGCACCACAGUUCUCCAGCUCAGUUCUUGAUACUGUCAGAUUUCCCUGCCACUUUGUUAGCCAUUUGUUCCUCAGCAAGUGCCCUACCUAAGCAACUUCUUAGAGCAGAUUGCCCCAGUAUAUCAUCAGACCAGUGGUGAAAUCCACUUACCUUCUCUACCAGUUCGGGAACAGGAGUGUGCAGGAGUCCGUGUGCGCACUUCUGUGCAUGCACAGAAUCUUCUGCACAUGCAUAGAUGGUAAAAAACGGGACAUAAUGAUAUCCCGAUGGGUGGGCGGAGCCUCCCACCGCCGGCCCUACCAGUUCAGCGAACUGGAUAGAACCGGGGUGGUAGUGUUUCACCGCUGCAUCAGACCCUAUGUUGCUUGUUUCUUGAAGUGAGUGGUGGCUGGCAAUUUUGAUUGCUGUAUCUUUCGAUAUUUUUAACUUUUCUGAGAUAUGGAUAUCCAGGUCCAACCUAUUUCUUGGGGCAAGUCUUUAUUUCCAAUGGUCGUACCAGUAAAGGCUGUUCUAGCUGUUACAAUAUAGGGAGUGCUCCUGCAAUUCUAAUUCUCUCAUUCAGCUUUGCCAUCUGCUAUCAUUUGUAUUACUAGUAUCUUUUGCAGAAAAUCACCUUUAUACCUAAGAUUAAAUCUAUGACUUAUUGAAAGUACAGCGGAAUUUCUGAAUUGGCCAUCAGAUAGAAUGGUCUCAGAUACUGAAAGAUACCUUCACUUUUUAUUAAGAUUUGUAAAGUUUGUGAUGUUAUUUUUAUUGUAUGUUUUAACCACUGUUGCAUCAAGGGCUCGAAUAAACGAGCUAACAUGGCCAGUAAAACAUAUGACUUUUUAUCCUUCCACUCGAUUCCCCAUUCUGCUGUUUCAUCUCUGUUGUACAGAGAUUAGAUUAUUCAGAGCAACUGUUCCUGGGAUAUAACAUGUUACUAUUAAGUCUGCGCAUAUAGAAAGAUUUUUAUUUAAUAUAGCCUUUUAAGAAAAGUCUUUACUCACCUCCCUGGAUAAAAGAAAAUAGUUCAAUAUCAUGGCUAUUUGUUGGCAGUUUUUCUUUUGAAGUUCCCCUUAAUUACAUACAAGCAUUUUGAAAAACUGGCUUUCUAGAUACCUUCUGAGAGAUUUUAUCCUGUGGUAGGAAUAUAUGCUUUCUCUGCAGUUUACAGUGAUGGUUAAGUUGACCCAUUGCAAAUGUAAACAUUCAAGGUGCUUUUUCUACCCUCAAGUCCAGGCGUUUCCUGGUCUCCUCCUUCCCUUGCCUUUUAUUACGUGUGUGUGUUCUCAAUGCCAAGCCUUUCAUAUUCACUGUUUGUGAUUUCUUAAAAGGAGAGGGAAGUUUUCAUCUUUCUGUAUAAUGCACAAAAUAAAGAUGCUUUAUUGAGAAAACAAA